AUGUCUUCUACGCCCACUAUGGUCGAGCCAGAUGACUUUGGCGCGUAUUUCAAAACCUCGGCCCGAAAUUCCUCACGUUCGCAUUCCGUGGGGCAAGUAUACGAACUGCUAGCGUUUGGCCAGCCGGCUAUUGGAAGACCACAUAUGAGACCGCAAGAGCGCUCGAUGCCUAGAUUCAAUACCAAUAGUGUCUCUAAUAGCACUUGGAAUAGCGAGCAGCCUGGUCGCAAACCCUCUGUCGACCAAGAAUCAGUCGCAGAUUCAACUGCGACCCUAGAUCUAGGCUACCACGCCAUCGGCCAGCAACCACGGCGCAAAAGGCACUCCUCGACGUCAACAGGCCGUCAAACAUUUCACCAGCCAUCUCUCAGCACCCUAUCUCUGAACCAACAGUCUGUCGGUAACCAAUCGCCGGGUUACCAUUCUAUGGGUGGGCCACCGGGUGGCUAUCUAGCAUCGCCUACUUCAUCCACCCGCGAUCUACAUUCGUCUGCCUCGAACAGAUCGCUGCAAGGCAACUUUAUUACCAAUGAGGAAGCGUCUUUUGAUCUGGUCGCUCCAUACGAGGGCGAUGCAGCCCCACUACAUACCAUAGAGCGACAAGCAGACCUCAUGUUCUGUUCGGACCAUAUGCUAGCGAUUCUGAGCAAUCCACGCUACCUCGCGCGGUUUCGCGAGUUCCUUGCCCAGGAGCGUCCCAGUUCAUUUUCUACUCUGACUUAUUAUCUGAAUGCUUCCAAGGCUCUCAAAGCAAUUCAAUAUGCGAAUGCGCUCGUGCGUCUGGCAGUUGAUGUACCUACAUCCGGCAUUCAGACAGCCGAACACCCCGUUGGUCCGACUGCAAAUAUUGCCCUUGAACAGCGUGUACAGGCAGCGCUGGACGCUCUGACCGCUGAGGAAUUACCUGCUUUUAUUACUUCUACCUGUGUCAACAUCACCGGCAAGGUAGUCGAGGAGCGUGUGCGUGGAACCUUGCCUGAUAAGUUCAAGGGAACGGCAGAUGCACUCGGUGAGGUAUUCUGUUUGACCGAUCCAUCACAGCCAGAUAAUCCUAUUAUUUUUGCUUCUGGGGGAUUCCACCGCACCACACAAUAUGGCAUGGACUACGUCCUAGGACGAAACUGUCGAUUCUUGCAAGGACCAAAGACGAACCCCAACAGUGUUCGAAGAAUCCGAGAAGCGCUUAAAGCUGGGCGACACCACUCCGAGCUUUUCCUGAACUACCGCCGAGAUGGCUCACCAUUCAUGAACCUUCUCCAAAUUGCUCCGUUAUGCGACAGUCGCGGUAACAUCCGCUACUUCAUUGGCGCUCAAAUCGACGUCUCCGGUCUCGCAAUGGAAGGCGCCCAGAUGGAAUCCUUCCAAAACAUGCAAGCGCAAAAGGAAGCCCCAGGGACGGACAGCCAAAGAAUCAAAGAAUCAAAAAGCGAGUUCCAAGAACUAGUCGAAUUCCUUAGUCCUCGCGAGCUACAGAACGUGCGCGAGCACGGCGGAAACCUCUUCCAGCCGAUCAUCAAUGAAUAUCCAAACCACCGUCUAUUCCUCCAAGAUUCCGAUACCGAGAGCGAGGUCUACGCCCCAUCCCAAGGGCCACCGAACCUUACACCCACCCCAUCUCCUAGUCUGUCAUUGACUGGUGUAUACAAAAAAAAGGCCAACCAGUACCUCCUCGUCCGCCCCUACCCCUCUCUCAGAAUCCUUUUCACCUCCCCCUCCCUCCAAAUCCCAGGCAUGCUCCAAUCCUCAUUCCUAAACCGCAUCGGCGAGACAGGUGCGAAGCGCGAUAAUAUUGUCAACGCCAUGAUAGCCGGGCGAAGUGUGACAGCCCGUAUUAAAUGGAUGAGCAGGUUCAACAACCAGGGCCGUCAUCGCUGGAUUCAUUGUACGCCUCUGCUGUCGGAUAAUGGCCGGAUUGGCGUGUGGAUGGUUGUUGUUAUUGAUGAUGACGAAAGUUCGGUUGGAUGA